AUGAUCAUCACUACAAAAAAGUCUGGCGAAAUCCGUAUCUGCAUCAACCAGAAACCCUUGAAAAAAGCACUGAAGUCAGACAGAAAUGAUGAGCAGCAGGGAGUGAAACCUGAAUCGUCGAGUGGAUUUGUAGACGACGUGGUCGCUGCUGAUCGCAGGUCGCUUACUGGUGCUUGCUGGUCGCCGCUGUUCGUCGCUAGUUAUCGCUGCUGGUCGUCACUGGUCCGGAUACUACCAAAUUAUCCUGGCUGCCUCUUUCCCGCAGUGGGUAUCUACCCUACAUGCUCCCUAUUUAACGUUAAGAAAAGUGAUUCUCGCACCCCUCUCUCUCUCUCCCUCUCUCUCUCUCUCUCUCUCUCAACUCCCAUCUUGUAUAGUCUCUUCUUUUCCCUGAUAGCAUCCUUCACUUCUUUGUUCAACCAGGCUGUUGCUUUUCUGUUUCUUCCUCUUGUCUUUUUAGUACCGCAAACUUCUUUUAAUGUGUCCAGAAGGGCUGUCUUGAAUGUUUCCCAAGCUUCCUCUAUGUUUAGUGUUGUAGAAUCAUUAGAGCCCAGGUGUAUGAUGAAACCUACACCAUGUGCUGCUCUCUGUUCCCCGUUUACUCCACAUAAGAAUAAAGUUGGAAUCUAUUCCCUUUGUUCCUGUUCCCUUCCUUUUAAUAUCAGUGAUACCCAGGACCGAGAUCCCGCGUUGGAUCAUGAAUUCAACUAUCUCUAG